ACAAAUAAAACAAUUGUUUAGUGGACAAUGUUGUAAAGUUCAUGUACUAUACUUAAUUGUAGUGAUAAAUAGCAGCGCCCGAUUACCCAUCAAGUCAAAUAAGUUAUGUUAACUUCCUAUUGUUAUCGAACAAAUCUCAGAUAAUUCAGUUUAGCGUAGUUUAUCAGGACGAUAAUUUUAAAUCCUGUUCACGUAAUCAGAACCGCAAUUCUGUACAAACCACAAACUUGUUUUCUCUCAUCUGGACAAAAGUUGUGAAUUUCGUCACUUGAGUUAAUUGUUGAUUGGGCAGUUUCCGUGGGUCCUCUCACCGCGACAGACGUGCCGUCGGUCGCAGUUUCAGUAAUAAUGACGGAAGCAACGAAAGUGAAUCCAGAUCUCCAAAGAGAAAGGGAUAACUGCACAUUUAAUGUAACAGAAUUGACAAACUUGAUUGAUGGAGGUGCACAGAAAACUGAGGAGAGGAGGAAAAGAGAGGAGAUGGUGCUCAAGGAAGGUAUUCACUUAGACGAGGUUCCGUCCGAGUACCUGAGCCACAAGGAGAAGUAUGAGCUGGCAGUCAAGAAAGCGUGCUACCUGUUCAAGAUGAUUCGUCGGCUGCAGGAAGAGGAGAACACUGGCAUGGAGAACUACCAAGAAGUGCUCGGCGGUUCGCUAGGCUCCGCCAUUCUCCGCGACGGCUCCCCCCUGACGCUUCACUACGUGAUGUUCAUCCCGACCCUCAUGGGGCAGGCCACCGUGGAGCAACAAGUGCUGUGGAUCGGCAGGGCCUUCAACUGCGACAUCAUCGGCACUUAUGCUCAGACGGAGCUUGGCCACGGAACCUUCAUCCGCGGCCUGGAGACGACCGCCACCUACGACCCCGACACCAAGGAGUUCGUGCUGCACAGCCCCACUCUUACUUCGUACAAAUGGUGGCCUGGCGGACUGGCCCACACAGCAAACUACUGCAUAGUAGUAGCUCAACUCUACACGAAAGGCCAAUGCCACGGCAUCCACCCCUUCAUAGUCCAACUACGUGACGAAGAAACCCAUAUGCCCCUCCCUGGUAUCAAGAUUGGCGAAAUCGGGGCUAAACUUGGUAUGAAUGGGACCAAUAAUGGGUUCCUUGGGUUUGAUAAAGUGAGGAUUCCUAGGGAGCAUAUGCUGAUGAAGAAUGCUAAGGUUUUGGAGGAUGGCACCUACGUCCGGGCGCCAAGCUCCAAGCUAACCUACGGUACCAUGAUGUUCGUGCGAGUAGUGCUCGUUAACGAUGUGUGCAGUUACAUGGCGAAGGCUGUCACCAUCGCCACACGAUACAGUGCGGUGCGCCACCAGUCGCAACCCAAACCUGACGAACCGGAACCCCAGAUCCUGGAUUACGUGACCCAGCAACACAAAUUGGCCAUCGGCAUCGCUACAGUCCACGCGCUCCGUCUCAGCGCGUCUUGGAUAUGGAAUAUGUACAACAACGUGACCGCUGAGUUGGAUGCCGGCGAUCUAGAAAGGCUGCCUGAGUUACACGCUCUCUCUUGCUGCCUGAAAGCAAUAAGCACCUCCGACGCCGCCGAAACCGUAGAGCGCUGCCGUCUGGCCUGCGGCGGACAUGGAUACAUGCUGGCUUCGUCCUUCCCUCUCAUGUACGGCAUGGUCACCGCCGCCUGCACUUACGAGGGGGAGAACACCGUCAUGCUGCUACAGACUGCCAGAUACUUGGUAAAGGCGUGGCAGCAGGCCAAAGGUGGUAAUCCUCUGACGCCGACGGUAGCCUACAUAGCGUCAGUAAGCGCGGGCCGCCGCUCGCCGCCGUGGGACAACACCGUCGAAGGCAUCAUCCAUGGCUUCCAGCAGGUCGCUGCCGGUAAAAUAGGAGCGUGCGUGGCGAACAUCGAGAAGAGACAACGAACCGGCAUGUCCUAUGAGGACGCAUGGAACAUGACGUCUGUUCAGCUCGCCAAUGCCUCAGAGGCCCACUGCCGCGCGUUCAUACUUACCACGUACUUCAACGAGACGGAGAGCCAGAUCAAGACGGUGUCUCCGGCUCUGAGGACGGUUCUACUGCAGCUGGUGGACCUGUACGUCGUGUACUGGGCUUUACAGCGCGUCGGAGACCUACUCAGGUUCACGUCGAUCUCUGAGCGCGACAUCGAACAACUGCAGAGCUGGUACGAAGAGCUGCUCCUCAAGCUACGAGUCAACGCUGUGGGACUUGUCGACGCCUUCGACAUUAGAGACGAGAUCCUGCACUCGGCGCUGGGCGCGUACGACGGGCGCGUGUACGAGCGCCUCAUGGAGGAGGCUCUCAAGAGCCCGCUCAACGCGGAACCAGUCAAUGAGAGCUUCCACAAAUACCUCAAGCCCUUCAUGCAGGGGAAACUGUGAUUUCGACCUUAUCUUUAUAGUGUUAGAGUCGAAAAUUGCUUUCACUUCACACCUACAAAAGAUUUUAGUAUUACUCCCAGGCAGGCAUAGUACGAUUUAUCGACCACAUACCCGCCAAUAGAAUUUCAACUUUAGCAUUCCGAUUUAAGGUUCAAAUUAGAUUGCACGUUUGGGAAAUGUAACUUGUUUUUGGAAUAGAACAUUUUUUCUUUGGGAAAACCCAGUAAAUUAGUGCGGCCUGGAAAAGAGUUAUAACAAUAGUGAAGCGUGGCAUGUUCUGAAAGAGAGAAGCGGACCUUUGUAAUAGCACAGAAUAAUUAAUAGUACUAUCAUACAGAAAGGAAACUUUUUUUUUAUUUUUUUUAUUAUGCAUGGGUUUACUCAUGGCCACAGACUAGCCGAGGCGUAGACGUGGCCUACGAUGGAGCGAGCUCGCCCAGAAGGUGCCUGUUCACUCUUGAUUUGAAGGUUGCCGGGUUAUAAGAGCACGGAAAUAUAGACGCCGGCAAGGAAUUCCAUUCCUACAAAAACGAAGUUUGACAGCGGUUCAGGGUCUAAUCAUGCUGUCUCUUUCUAAUAUAUGGCACUAUCCCUUUCGGCUAUUUAGGGUUGUCAAAAAUCAAGUGAUUAUCUUAUCUGUGGUCGUGCACGCAAAAGGAAGUAAGUGGUGCCAACCCUAAUAAUUGCUCGGAGCAAUGCUGAGCCGAGCGGAGACGAGUUGGACCGAAGUCAGGAGUUUCGCACCCCUGGUAAUAGGCAUUAUUUUUAAUAGAUUCUCUUGUAAUGGGAUAAGGGUAGCAAUAUCAUACUUUUAUACGAAAAUUGAACUGAAUCGCCGUAGAGUAGAUAUAUAUUUAUUUAUAAGAAUAGGUGGUGGAUGUGAAACAUUCCAUAAGCGACUGUUAGGAAAUUUUGUUUAAAUAAGUAUAAAUUAAGCAGUUGCUCAGUGCUAAGAGAUUUAAUUAUGAGAUUUUUUAAAUUUCAAUGUUACCUAUUUAAAUGUAAUAAAUUUUAUAUUAUUUUUAUA